AGGGGUGGAGCAGCACGCUCCUGUUUGACCAUUACAUCAUAGCUUCACACGCUGCGUGUGCCUGCUGUUCAUUCAUGCUAUGACACCCGUGUGUGCUCCUCUCUAGGUGACGUGUCUCCCAUCACCAUGUCACCCAUCAGCCAGUCACAGUUCAUCCCGCUGGGGGAGAUCUUGUGUUUGGCCAUCUCUGCCAUGAACUCUGCCCACAAGCCGGUCAACCAGGAGGCUCUGGUGGAGCACCUCACUGCCAGCUUUCCAGGCGUGCCUACACCCAGCUCGGAGGUUCUGCGACACACUUUGAACAUGCUGGUGAGAGAACGUAAGAUCUACCCAACUCCAGAGGGCUACUUCAUUGUCACCCCCCAGACCUACUUCAUCACCCCCUCCCUCAUCCGGAGCAACAACAAGUGGUAUCACCUAGACGACCGGCUCCCUGAGCGCCAACAGCCAUCCCAGCAGCCCCAGCAGCCCAGCCAACCCUGCACCUCCCCGCCCACCACCAAUUCAGCCCCGGGCUGCCUUAGAGAGAGGCCGGCCCGCAAGCCUCACAACGAAUCCUAUGCUUUUCGUGAUGACCCAGGCAGACUGCACGCCUCUGCGCUUCAAACCAAGUCACCAAAGGAGCAUAGGGUGGACUCUUAUCAAAGUAAGCCCAGCAAGGAUCACAAUGGAGAUCCUCCACCUGGAACAUCCACCAAGGAGCACAGAGGUGAUCCACCAUCAUACCCCUAUCCACCUCCAGCCACUUCCCCUCCAGUCCAGCACCAAGCACCUGCUUUAGACCCUGCCGACAAGAGCAAAAGUCUCCCCUCUUUCCCCUACAAAACAGACACCCUGACCAAAAAGAAGGAGGGAAGUGGUGGGAGUGGAACCGCAGAGAAGCAGUCCAAAAGGUUUGGACUCCGACUCUUUAGGUUGAGUUUUAAGAAGGACAAAUUGAGGCAAUUAGCAACCUUUUCAGCUCAGUUUCCCCCAGAGGAGUGGCCUCUUCAUGACGAGGACAUUCCAACUACACCCAUUCCCCGAGAAGUGGAGAUGGAAAUCAUCCGCAGAAUUAACCCCGACCUAACAGUAGAGAAUGUGGCCCGGCACACAGCUGUCAUGAAGAGGUUAGAAGAAGAGCGUGCUCAGAAGAACAAGGCGGGUUCUGCUCAGCACAGCGCCCGCAGUCGCAGGGGCAGGGGCCACAGAAGGGCCCCACAUGGAAAGUCUCGCUCACACAGUAAACCUCGCACCUCCAGGGGAGACCCCUCAGAGGGGUCAAACUGGGACCUGGUUUUCAUGGAGAGAGACUACCGCUUCUUCAGCCACUCACUGGUGCGCUCACCUCGGGAGGCCAUGUACACUUUGGAGCGGAGGCGGAGUGGAGGGAACACCUACCUAGUCCACAGCAAUCCUAACAUCACAGAAUCAUACUGCCCUGUGGCCCCCGAGUGGGACGUGUCCGGGGAGCUUGCCAAGAGACGCACAGAGAUGCCCUUUCCUGAGCCUUCUCGUGGGACCUGCCAGUCCAGAGUGCAGAGGAGUCACAGUCACAAUCAGGACCGUAAGUCCCGCCAUGACAGAUCAGAUCAGGCCAAGGAACGCUCCCGCUCCAUGGACAACUCUCUUAAAGGCCCAUCGCUUGGCGUUCCGGAGGUGUUUGAAGCUCCGAUGGAGGAGCGCAGUCAUUACUACACUGACGAUGGAACUCUGCGGGCCACACAAAAGUCCUCCCACUACUCAAGGAUCAUGUUCUCUGCUGCUAAGUUCCACUCUGACUUUAAUGUGCCUGAUUUGGGGAAGGGGACUUUAGAUGAAUCAAGGAUCCGGAGUACAAUAGAGAGGAACAAAAGCAGAGACAGUUUGCCUACGUACAAUGAGCUAAUGGGACUUUCUCCGAAGCCCUCAACAGAUGAGUACUUCCAGUGCAAUACAUCAAAUGAAACAAUCUUAACUGCCCCUUCGCCUCAGGCAAAAUCAGAAUAUGACACAUUAACCUCAUCAGGGGGACUCCGAAAGGGCUCUCCAGCUGACCGCCAAACGCCUCACCUCACCUCUCCUCACACGAUGGAGUACAAAGAGGACAUGUCGGCAGCAAAAGGACAGAGCGGCUCUGUGCGCCUGACGCCCAGCCAGACACCAGAGCCCGCGCAAAAUGCACGUUUGACACCACACCAACACAAUGUGGACCCUGGAGGGGGGGGCGGAGGACUGGUCAUCAAGAGGAAGGAGAUCUUCAGCAAAGACACUUUGUUCAAACCUCCACACAAUGCCUUGUCCGCAGGCUUCGUGGACAGCAGCUACACCAAGUCUGGCACAUUGCGGAAAGCCUCACAUGCCAAAUCAACAGAGGCCCUUGACAAUCCUGAGCCCCAGCAGCCUUCCAAUUCAGCCACUUCCUCCGCAUCCCCAGCAGUUCUACAGGGCUGCUUGGAGCCCACCGUCCCCUCCGCCUCCUUCGACUAUUAUAAUGUAUCAGACGAUGAGGAUGAAGAGGAGGCCGAGGAGGACUCGCACAAGGAGUUGGCGACACCCGAGGACAGCAAAGAGCAUGGUGAGGGGGGUGGGACAGGUGGAGUUGGAGGAGGGGGCGGGGAGGGGACCAUGCAAUGGCUCCUGGAGCGAGAGAAGGAGCAUGACUUGCAGAGGAAACUGGAAACCAACCUGACCCUCCUCAGCCCCAAGGAGACGGACAACAGCAGCAGUCAGAAGUCAGCCCACUCGGCCCGCUUGGACAGCAUGGACAGCAGCAGUGUCACUGUGGACAGUGGCUUUAACUCCCCCAGGACACGUGAAAGCCUUGCGUCCAACACAUCCAGCAUAGUGGAGAGCAAUAGACGGCAGAAUCCCGCUCUGAGCCCUGGCCACAUCGGCACCAGUAGUAUGGGACUGCCCUUCAGCUUUCGUGCCAUUCCCGAGCCCCCCACCACGCAGCCUGAGAAGCUCCAGAAGUCCUCCAACUGCCUAGCCUCCAUCACCAGCGUCUGACAGGCAGCACCCACCACCCACACUGGGGCACAGGUGUGGGGGGAGACAGCGGGGAAAGAGAGAGAGACAUGGGCCUUUUUCACGCUUUUGGACCUCACUAUAUGGAACACACGGACACCCAUACACGCAUCCACCACCCAUUUUCAAUUCUAACUGGGACUGUUACAAUAAACUGGCAUGGCUCAAAGAGACUGUUCUCACAGCUUCAAAAACUCUACUGCAAAAAAAUGAAAUAAAAAAAAUCACAGGAUAAUAACACAGAGGAAGCCGUUGGAGUGAAGUAAAAGUACUAUUCAGUUUUUGGUGACAUGGACUCUAGUUUGGAAUAUAACCAGAUUCUUGAAUAUUGGUAUUGGAAAGUAGUAGACUAUAGGAUUCAAGUUACAUUUGGAAAUAUCAAAAACUUUUUUAUAUUACUUAACGAUACAUGUCCGAUUAAAUGUUCUCCUUCUGGAAAUAGCGUCAGUUGAGCAGGACAGUUCUAUGUUAUCAGCACAAAUGUCACAAUGAGACAAUAAAAGGCCAACCCGAGAACAAUGAAUGAGAGAUAUAAAAAACAUGAAUCAGUUCCGAUUUGUGUACCGCAAUGCAAAUGAUGUAUGUAUACUCGAUACUUUUGAUAUCCUAAUUAUUAUAAUGGUGGUAUUAAAGAUGCUAUGUGACCAAAA